AUCGGCGACAUUACUCACAGUACUCUCUUUGUGUGUUUAGAAUCCAUGGCUGCUUCUACGGAAAGCGUGGCAUCACAGGCAUACCUUGAAGGAAAAGCAGUGAAGGAAACACGAACUUUGAUAUCAGAACUGUGUCGCCACUUCUACAACCUUGGAUGGGUCUCAGGCACUGGUGGCAGCAUCACCAUCAAAGUUCAUGAUCACUCUAUUCCUAAAUCUCACCAACUAAUACUCAUGUCCCCUUCAGGUGUUCAGAAGGAAAGAAUGGAACCAGAGGACAUGUAUGUGUUAUCCCACACUGGAUCAGUCUUGUCUGCGCCAUCUCCCAAGCCUUACCCACAUAAACCUCCCAAGUGUUCUGAUUGUGGUCCACUUUUCAUGAAGGUAAGGCAUAUGAAAUGCGUGAUGCUGGGGCAGUUAUCCACAGUCAUGGGAUAGAAUCCUGUCUUGUAACAAUGCUCAAUUCUUUAUCAAAUGAAUUUCGUAUCACUCACAUGGAAAUGAUAAAAGGAAUCAAAGGGCAUGGUUAUUAUGAUGAACUUGUGGUCCCCAUAAUAGAGAACACAGCCUAUGAAUAUGAACUCACAGAAUCUCUAGCUAAAGCUAUUGAAGCCUACCCUAAAACUACAGCAGUACUUGUACGCAACCAUGGAAUAUAUGUUUGGGGAGACUCAUGGAUCAGUGCUAAAACUCAGGCUGAGUGUUAUCAUUAUCUCUUUGAUGCUGCUAUCAAACUUUCCCAACUAGGAUUGGACUGGUCUACUCCAGAUCAUGGUCCAAUACAAAGAAGCAUUAGGAGUCUAAAGUUUGCUGGAGAGUCAAACACAUCAACUAAGACAAAGACGGCUAAUGGUGAAAUUGAUCCAUUUCCACAUUGCAUUGUUCUUGACAUUGAAGGAACUACUACUCCCAUAUCAUUUGUUACUGAGGUUCUCUUCCCAUAUGCACGUCAAAAUGUUGGGAGGCAUCUAUCUAUGACAUAUGAUACUCCUGAGACCCAAGCUGAUCUUAAGUUGCUUCGCUCACAAGUUCAAAGUGAUCUUGAACAAGGGGUUGCAGGUGCUGUGCCUAUCCCCCUUGAUGAUGCUGGGAAAGAACAAGUCAUUGCCGCAUUAGUAACUAAUGUAGAAGCUAUGAUUAAAGCAGAUAGAAAGAUCACUGCCUUGAAAGAGUUGCAGGGUCACAUAUGGCAAACUGGUUAUGAGAAUAAUGAAUUGAAGGGAAUAGUUUUUGAUGAUGUACCAGAAGCUCUGGAAAAGUGGCAUGCCUUGGGCAUAAAGGUAUACAUAUAUUCCAGUGGUAGCAGGUUGGCACAAAGACUAAUAUUUGGACAUACAAUCCAUGGGGACCUAAGAAAAUAUUUAUCUGGCUUUUUUGACACCACAGUGGGUAACAAAAGAGAGACACACAGUUAUGCUGAAAUUUCUGCAUCACUAGGUGUUGAUAAGCCAUCAGAUCUAUUGUUUGUAACUGAUGUUUAUCAAGAAGCUACAGCUGCUAAGGCAGCAGGCUUGGAGGUGAUAAUUUCUGUUCGACCUGGAAAUGCGCCUCUCCCUGGAAAUCAUGGUUUCAAGACAAUCAGUUCCUUCUGUGAGAUAUAAGAGUAGAUGCAGUCAUCUGAGACUAUGUUAAGUGAGGCAUGGUAGCUAUGGAUUCCACCUCAGAAAGUGUGAUAUAUUGCUGGAUCUGAUCCAAGUUGCAUUGUUACUUGCCUUGUUUUUAUAACUUGAUAAAAAUCUAUUUAAUUUAGAUUUUCAUUAUUUUUGUUUAAGGGCAUAUUCAAGUUGGCGUUGCAGCUAUCCAAAUUUUCUCAUUGCCUAUAUUUGUUGUCUUAAAGCAACUGUCUUGGAAUUUAAAUAAGUUUUUUGAUGGACCAUCUUGUUUUUAGUGUUUGUAUCAACCAAAGAGAUUCAGAUUUGCUGAAUUCAAAAGAUAAAGAUAACUGAGUAGGUCAUGUGUCAUAAAUCUAUGAUCAAUAGUUCAGCAAGAGAAAUUUCUUGAAUGGUAGACCCAGCAAUUCAUGUUGCUUUAUUUUGUGACACUGAAUUUUAUGAUUGGCACCAGACAUGUCUGAACAGUUGAAACCACCCAAUUAUUGUAAAGAGGACAAUGAAACUGAUUUUUAUGAUGGGUACUGAUAUUGAAGACGCUGUUAAUUAGUCUUCUUCUAAGGUUUAGGUUCGAAGUAUAUGAUUCCUUUUCAGUCAUAAUAUUAGGUGUGCUUUCUCAGUCUUACAUCGAACCUUGAGAGAUAAAGACAUGUUGCUGCAAUCAUGUUCUAACUGUUUGCACUUAUAAAUUAGAUU